AUGAUUAGCGAGCCGGAGAUCGCUCCAUCCCAACUUGAUCCGGUCACAGAGGACAACCAGAGAAUCAAACCCAACGAACUACCGGCCCGACCGCUGCGACCCCUGGCCCCGAAGCCCGUAGACGCGGAGCCAAUAGAACGACCGACCACACCAUUGCAAACCCCACCCCUGACUGGCAACCACACGGCCCGAUGGAUCCGGGAAAUUCAGCACCUAGAGGCUCGUGGGAUCCACCGACAGCACCCUGCGCAAGAGGCCCGUCCGGAUCCUCGGCUCUUUACCGACUGGCUUCGAUUCCUGGAUGGCCGUUAUCUUCGGGUGUUGGCCGAAGCGUCCGCGCCAGACCCUGGCUGGCUGCAGAGCCAUCCAGGUCUGCAAUCUUUCUGGCCAGGAGCGCUAUGGGACGAUAAGGAGUUAGUCCUAGAUAAGCCCGCAGGGAGCAUCCAGCAGAUGUCGGUUAAUAUUUUAGACCUGGUUAUUACAUCGUUUAACCGGGUCCUUAACCGAGCCCUGGACAGCUUAGCGUCCACCCAUCCGCCAAUCCGUCGUCUAUUCCGCAGCUCAUCGCAGACCGGUUUGAGUGCGGUGGAACUCGACCGGCAGCAGCCAAAGACGCUCCAACGCUAUCGCCGCGUAUGGCGGCGGUAUCUAGCCUGGAUGGUACGCGGAGCCCCUCUGACUGACCAAGAGCGCACGGAGAUCCUCGGCCUCCGGUUAGACAAGUAUAAGCAGGAGCAUCUUACCCGGAUCUGGGACACCCUCCAGGCAUACCUGGCUCAUCCGGAAGAAACCCUCGCAGCGGGCCACUUCCUUCAACGAAUGGAGCAAACUAAUACUCGGCAGCAGGCAGUUAAGCGCGCCUAUAAUCGGAGUAACCUGGAUACCGCCUCAGAACCUGAAUCGCCAAUCCCGUCUAUGGGUAACGGCGCCAACCUGGAUCAAACGAGCCGGAGGGGCGUGCCUCAGCUUCCACCGGAAUAUCAGCGGUGGCUGGAUAAGAUGGUCUUUUCGCUCUGUAUAAGCAGUAUUAGCACUCGUGCUAUCCAGCAGACUGGCAACAAAUUUGACAGCAGUCUAGUUGUACUAACAGCCGUGCUUGCAAUUUACCCUGUCCAUCUCACUGUGGCCGGUCCAUAUAGCUACACCAGCGACCUGGCUGCCAUCCUCUGGAUUUCACGGCUGCUUCUGCUGGAGUAUGCACUGCCCGCCAAGCCAUACCACUUUAUUAAUAACGUGCCGGUCCGUGACCAGUAUCGGAACUGA